AUGGAAGAAGAAAAACAAGUUGAUACCACUACUGUGCAAUCCAGCACACCUCCAAUGUCUCCACAACAUUCUCAUUCAAUUACCCCAUCAGCAUCUCCAAAAGAGAAUAAAGUUUCAACACCACUUUCUCCUAAUAAAGAAGAUGGUAGUGUUGCAACACCAACGUCUAGAAAGAAAGAAGAAGAAACAAAACCAAAAAAAAGUCCAAAUGAUAGUGUUACUGUUAUAGAUAAAGAGAUUGAACAAAACAAAUGGGAUAAUUGGACAGUAGUAUGGGUUAAACAAAAAGGAUAUCCAUGGUGGCCAGCUAAAAUUAUAAUAAUGGAUAAAUUAAAUGAAAAAACAAAGGGACAACUAGAGAAAUUAAUAGAAUUUAAAAAAGAUAAAAAGUAUUUAGUUAAAUAUAUUACAAAUGGGUAUCAAUUUGGAUGGGUAAAUGAUAAUCAAAUUAAACCAUUUAAAGAAGAAUUUAUGAAUAUUAUUACUGAAAGAAUGUUAGGAAAAAAAGAUGUUAUUGAAUCCAUAAAUAAAGCGAUUGAAAUUACAAAUGAUAAAAUUUCAGAAAAUGAUAUAGAUAAAUUCCAUAAAGCUGUUAUAAAAAAAGAAAAACAAAUGGAAGAAGAAGAAAAGAAAAAAGAAAAAAUGAGAAAUUGUGAUAUUGGAUUUAUGGUUGUUAAUGAUCCAUUGAUUGAAAUUACUAAAAUUGAAGGAAUUGUUGAAAAAAGUAUUGAAAAUAAUAAUAGUUCUCUUCAAAAAUUAAAAAAUUGGAAAGAAAUGGAUCAUUCUCAAGUUAUUGAAGAAUUAAAUACAUUAAUGAAAGAACCAAUAAUGAUUCAUGAAAUAAUUAAUCCAAUAAAUAAAAUUGGAGAAUUAUUAAAUUCAAUUUGUCAAAGUACUAAUAUCGAAAUUUCAGUAUUGGCAGAAAGAGUUUUAGAAAGAAUCAAAAAAGAAUUAAAAUAUGCAAUUAUAUCAGGUGAAUAUCAACGCUGUAAAGAAAUUUUUAAUUAG